CUCUCUCCGUCGCUGUGUCGUCUCCGGGACAUUUUUCACUCCGCUCGGCAACAAAUGUUAAGUAUCUCGAGGAGAAAACUGCGAAACUAAUUAAUAAGUGCGCUAAUUGAGCUUCUAGAUCAUUCAGGCGCUUUUUAGUGCAGAAAAAUAAUAGCGGUCUGAUUCAAGUGAGGCACAUCCGGGGCAACCGGAAGGUGCAGCGCUCUUUUUCAUCCGGUGUUCGCUGCUUGGUUUUCUGCUGCACGUUUUGAUCUAAAAAUGUAAAUAUCAUCAUUUUUACGACUUAAAAGUUAAUGUUUGUCAAUGUCAGGUCAACGUUAAAUGUUCAGGUGAUGUAUUACGCCCACAAGUUGAGACUACAAAUUGGAGGUAGCUUCUUUUAACUUAGCUAAAGGCUGUUUACUAGCUAACUAAGUUAGUAAUAUUUUAAAAAAGAUGUGUACAAACGUGGCCGCGGAGGAUACCUGCUGCUCUGAGUUUAUGGACUUAGAGUUUGACCCUUCGACAUGUAAUGGACUGAAACAGGAAAAACAACUUUCUGCCUCACAAAGGAGGUGCUACAGCCUCUGCAGGAGGAAGUCAUUUGCUGCUUUUGUGGCGUCCAAGAGGGACGGCAGGCAGGAGGAAGGAGGCUCAUCUUGGCUCUGCUGUAGCCAGACUUUCAGGGAACACUCUGCUAUUCACAAACAUGUCGCCAGGACUCAUGACGGUGAAAUAAAGCAGCUCACGCAGGCCGCAUACGGGCAUUUGUUAAACCAGCUGGAAGAAGAAGCUGAAACACAGCAGCCGGACGAGUGCGAGGCCAAGCCGGUGGACAUUUCUGUGUGGAUACCUGAAACAAGUCAUGUCUCUGAGGAGCAGCUUCAGAAGGGUCCGGGAAAGGUUCUGCUCUAUUAUCGCUACUGUCAAGUGAAGGAUCCCCAUGUCAUCUGUGCUUGGCAGAAAGCUUUAUGUGAGAAGCUCCACUUAACUGGCAAG